AUGGAUAGCAGAUGGAGUCUCCAGGGCAUGACGGCUCUCGUGACCGGCGGAGCCAAUGGGAUCGGGCACGCCGUAGUGGAGGAACUAGCGAGUUUCGGAGCGAGAAUCCACACGUGCGACAAGUCAGAAGUUAGCCUUGACCGAAGUUUACGCGAGUGGAAAGAGAAGGGCCUUCGAGUCAGUGGUUCAGUCUGUGAUGUAUCCUCCCGUUCCGACAGGGAGAAACUGAUGGAAACUGUUUCCUCUUUGUUUGGCGGCAAACUCAACAUUCUCGUACGUAAUAAUCUGUUGUGCGGAAGCGUACCGGGUCUCAAAUGUGAGACGAUGGAAUCGAACGAGAGAAAGUAA